AUGUCCUCUUGCUUCAGGCUGGCUGCAAUAUGAGUGGGUGAAGGAGACAUCAAAGCCCGGGUGGGUUUUCGCUGUAAAGUGAAACUACCGAGGAGGGGCUGCUCUGCAGCAGCUGGAGGAAGAAGGAGGGAGCGAGCGGCAGGAUGGAGGCAUUUCGGGAGUAUUCAUUCAUCAGCAUCGCCCCGGAGGAUAGGACGCGGGAGGGGCGCUAGGACGACCCGCCUGAACGAGCGGGUACGUGUGUGUGCCCGGGGACACCGUGCUUGCCUAUCCCGCCCAUGCUCCUUCAUCGCCCAGAGAGGCUGACAGCAUCUUGCUAGGCAGCUCAUCACCAAGAUUCCCCGGGCAUCCCCGGCUCCCGCCUCGCUGUUUUCCGUCGUGGCUUCCUUUAUAAGCAGUAGCGCCAUUCAAGAUGGGAAGGAAGAGAUGCUUGAAGUCAUUAUGUUCCUUUCAUGGGAGACCGUGCUGUCGAAUCCUGCAUCCCCAUGAGUUGGCAUCUAUUGGAAGAGUUUGUGAGACCCUCUCUCUGCCUGGAGCUCCAGGACCAAUGCAUCUUCCCAUAAUCCACUGGAAGAAAGUCUGCAAUUGUGUGCUGCUUAAGAUGGAUUUCCUUCAGAAGUUUAAUAUAUUCACCAAACUCCACAAAUAACUAAAGCUCCCUUUAAGAAGAUUGGGAACCAACCCAAGAGUUCUAAAGUCACAUUUUCUGAAGAAUUUUUGUUGCAUGCUUAAAGGAGCAGUUCAGAGCCCCAGUUGUAGAAGACCUGUCCUGUCACCACCAUGAGCUCUGAAUGUGAUGAUGGUGCAUCUAAAGCUGUGGUGAAUGGGUUGGCACCAGGCAGCAAUGGGCAAGACAAAGCAACUGCCGACCUUUUACGUGUACGCUCUAUUUCUGCUGUUAAAAUAAUUCCUGUGAAGACAGUGAAAAACUCUUCAGGCCUAGUACUCCCUACAGACAUGGAUCCUACAAGAAUCUGCACUGGGAAGGGAGCAGUGACUCUCCGGGCCUCCUCCUCCUACAGGGAAAUCCCAAGCAGUAGCCCUGUGAGCCCUCAGGAAAUCCCACACUCGGAAAGCAAACCAGGUCUGGAGCCAGAGAAUUCCUCAGCAGAUGAGUGGAGGUUUUCUUCUGAUGCCAAUGGAAACGCCCAACCCUCUUCGCUCGCUGCCAAGGGCUUCAGAAGUGUGCAUCCCAGCCUUCCUUCCGACAAGCCCCAGGAUGCCACUUCCUCCAGCUCAGCCCAGCCUGAGGUAAUAGUUGUCCCUCUCUACCUGGUUAACACUGACAGAGGGCAAGAAGGCACUGCCAGACCUCCAGCAUCUCUGGGGCCACUUGGCCGCGUUCCCACAUUCCCGGCGACCGCCUCUGCCGGCCCACCUCUGACCUUGCCGACUCUAGAUGAUUUCAUUCCCCCUCAUCUGCAGAGGCGGCCUCCCCACAGCCAGCCAGCCAGUGCUCCUGGCUCCUUUCCCCCCGUUAGCCAGACACCACCACCUCCGCUGGUCCCUCCAGGACCGGAGGACCUCCACAGAGUCUUGGAGCCUGACCUCACGGGAGCUGUCUCAAGUACCGGUUCAAGUCCUCUACUAAAUGAAGUUCCUUCUUCCCGUGUUGGGACUGACUCCCAAACCCUCACACCAGUCAUCAAACCAUCAUCUGCUUAUCCCUCCACAACAAUUGUGAAUCCUACUAUUGUCCUCUUGCAACAUAAUCGAGAACAGCAAAAACGCCUCAGUAGCCUUUCAGACCCUGUCUCAGAAAGAAGAGUAGAAGAGCAGGACUCAACCCGAACCAAGGAAAAACCCACCUCACCUGUCAGGGCUACUGAAAACAAAGCAAAGGAUGACGGACAGGUGGUGAAGAGCACACAGGACCUGAGUGAUGUUUCCAUGGAUGAAGUGGGCAUCCCACUCCGGAACACUGAAAGAUCAAAAGACUGGUACAAGAAUAUGUUUAAACAGAUCCACAAACUAAACCGAGACACUCCUGAAGAAAACCCUUAUUUCCCUACGUACAAAUUCCCUGAACUUCCUGAAAUCCAGCAAAUUUCUGAAGAGGACAAUCCUUACACUCCUACCUACCAGUUUCCUGCAUCUACUCCUAGUCCUAAAUCUGAAGUAGAUGAUGAUUCAGAUCUGUACUCUCCUCGAUACUCCUUUUCUGAAGACACAAAGUCUCCCAUUUCUGUGCCUCGCUCAAAAAGUGAGAUGAGCUACAUCGAUGGUGAGAAGGUAGUUAAGAGGUCGGCCACGCUACCCCUCCCAGCCCGUUCUUCCUCUCUGAAGUCAAGCCCAGAAAGAAACGACUGGGAGCCCCCAGAUAAAAAAGUGGACACGAGAAAAUACCGCGCAGAGCCCAAAAGCAUUUACGAAUAUCAGCCGGGCAAGUCUUCCGUUCUGACCAACGAAAGGAUGAGUCGGGAUAUAAGCCCAGAAGAGAUAGAUUUAAAGAAUGAACCUUGGUAUAAAUUCUUUUCGGAAUUGGAGUUUGGGAAACCGCCUCCCAAAAAGAUAUGGGAUUAUACUCCUGGAGACUGCUCUAUCCUUCCUAGAGAGGAUAGAAAGAAUAAUCUAGAAAAAGAUCUCAACCUCUGCCAGACAGAGUUAGAGGCAGAUUUAGAAAAAAUGGAGACGCUUAAUAAAGUACCCAGUGCAAACCUGUCACAGAGCUCAGGAGUCAGCCCCACUCCGGAAACUUCUUCAGAGCCUCCUGGAUAUAUAUAUUCUUCCAACUUCCAUGCUGUAAAGAGGGAAUCAGAUGGGGCCUCUGGGGAUCUCACUAGCUUGGAGAACGAGAGGCAGAUUUAUAAAAGUGUCUUGGAAGGUGGAGACAUCCCUCUUCAGGGCCUGAGUGGGCUCAAGAGACCAUCCAGCUCAGCUUCCACUAAAGUGGAUCGUAAAGGUGGGAAUGCUCACAUGAUUUCUUCAUCUUCGGUUCAUAGCCGAACGUUUAACACUAGCAAUGUGUUAGGCCCUGUGUGUAAGCACAAGAAGCCCCUGUCUGCUGCAAAAGCCUGCAUUUCGGAAAUCCUUCCUUCCAAAUUCAAACCCAGGCUCUCUGCUCCCAGCGCUCUUUUGCAAGAACAGAAGAGUGUCCUGUUGGCUUCAGAGAAGGCUCAGAGCUGUGAGAACCUUUGUAUUUCAGCUUCUUUGAAUGAUUCCAAAAGAGGUCACCCCCUCCACGUGGGAGGGAGUAUUGAGAACCUGCUCAUGCGCUCUCGGCGAGAUUAUGACAGCAAGUCGAGCAGCACCAUGAGCCUCCAGGAGUAUAGUUCCAGUGCCAGGAGGCCCUGCCCUCUCUCACGCAAGACUGGAAUGCAGUUCACCAUGUUCUACCGGGACAUGCACCAGAUCAACCGAGCUGGCCUCUUCCUGGGAUCCGUCUCCUCGAGUGUGCGGGACCUUGCCUCCCACUUUGAAAGGAGCAGUCUGGCCUUGUCCAGGGGUGAGCUGGGCCCCAGCCAGGAGGGCUCAGAGCACAUCCCCAAGCACACUGUCUCAUCCCGCAUCACAGCUUUUGAGCAGCUGAUUCAGCGGUCCCGGUCCAUGCCAUCUCUGGACCUGUCCGGCAGGCUGAGCAAGUCCCCUACACCUGUGCCAUCCCGGAGCGGCCUGACCUCAGCCCGCUCGGCUGAGUCCCUCCUUGAGUCAACCAAGCUCCGGCCCAGGGAGAUGGACAGGAUGAACCUCAGGGGGGGUUAUGCCUCCCCAGCAUGUAGCAAUAUGGCGGAUCCCGGCACCUUGGCCGUCACAGGCCUUGUGCCCUCUGACCCCCUCGCAGCCUGCUCCGAUGAGCUAGACCGCUGUUCAAACAUUUCCAGUGACAGCAGAGAGGGCAGCAGUGGCAGUGUCCACGGAGACUUCCCCAGACAUCGUCUCAACAAGUGCAAGGGUACCUGCCCAGCCUCGUACACCCGCUUUACCACCAUCCGGAAGCACGAACAGCAGCAGAUCCCCAGACAGCCUGACUGGCGCCUGGAUUCCAGAGGGGACAAGGGCACUCUCCUCAGGAAUAUCUACCUAAUGGGCCCCCUCCCUUUCCGCUUGAAAAAGCCCCUCCAGAACCAACCCAGACAGCCGUCCCCCAGUGACUCCUUGGGCUUCCCGCCGGGCCAGAAACCAGAGCGCCCCAGUCAGCCCCAUCAGGACGAGCUUCCCUCCAGGGGGAAGCCCUCUGUUCCCAAACGUCUGUCUUCCCGACACACCAUGGAGAGGUUUAGCCGGAUCUCCAAGCCCCCUCAGGAGAGACCCUGGGUCCCAGAGGCCUGCCCAAGGGUCUUUACUAAUGGGAGCUCUGUGCCAUACCCAGACCAUGGCCUGGAUAGAAACAACAACCCCCACAGUGAACUGGGAACGUCCCGCGGAGAUUCAGAAUCACCAAGACAUUUUAUACCAGCUGAUUAUCUGGAAUCCACAGAAGAAUUUAUUCGACGGCGUUAUGAUGAUAAAGAGAAACUUUUAGCGGACCAGAGACGACUUAAGCGCGAGCAAGAAGAGGCCGAUAUCGCAGCUCGGCGCCACACGGGCGUCAUUCCGACACACCAUCAGUUUAUCACUAACGAGCGCUUUGGGGACCUCCUCAAUAUAGACGAUACGGCAAAAAGGAAAUCUGGGUCAGAGAUGAGACCUGCCAGAGCCAAAUUUGACUUUAAAGCUCAGACACUAAAGGAGCUUCCUUUGCAGAAGGGAGAUAUUGUUUACAUUUAUAAGCAGAUUGAUCAGAACUGGUACGAAGGAGAACAUCACGGCCGAGUGGGGAUCUUCCCACGCACCUACAUUGAGCUUCUUCCUCCUGCUGAGAAGGCUCAGCCAAAAAAGUUGACACCAGUGCAGAUUUUGGAAUACGGAGAAGCUGUUGCUAAGUUUAACUUCAACGGUGAUACGCAAGUAGAAAUGUCCUUCAGAAAGGGUGAGAGGAUCACGCUGCUUCGACAGGUGGAUGAGAACUGGUACGAAGGGAGGAUCCCGGGAACGUCCAGGCAAGGCAUCUUCCCCAUCACCUACGUGGAUGUCAUCAAACGGCCACUGGUGAAAAACCCCAUGGAUUACGCUGACCUGCCUUUCUCCUCCUCCCCAAGUCGUAGUGCCACUGCGAGCCCACAGUUUCCAAGUCAUAGCAAGCUCAUCGCGCCAGUCUCCUCAUCUCUGCCCCAGCCCCGCCGGACCCUGUCCCCCGAGAUGCACGCUAUCACGUCUGAAUGGAUCUCCCUGACUGUAGGGGUCCCAGGCAGGCGUCCUCUAGCCCUGACCCCACCCUUGCCUCCUCUGCCAGAGGCUUCUGUCUACAACACUGACCAUGUUGCCUUGUCAGCAAGGGCCAGUCCUUCCCUGUCCCUCUCCCUCCCCCAUUCUAGCUGGUCAGAUCGAUGUACCCCACUGGCCCUAACUUACCCCCGCAAAGCCUACUCCCCGGUGCCCAGUGCCCAGGCCUCCCUUCACCUCAAUGGAGACAGUGGUGUCCACAUAGCACCUGCAGGUGUUCACCAGGAUAGCUUCUCCCAGCUGCCACUUGGGAGCUCCAACAGGGUCAUCUCGGAGCUUAGCGAUGCCUUUAGCAGCCAGAGCAAGCAGAAACAGUGGCAAGAAGAGAGCAUACAGUAUGAGAGGAAAGCCGAGAGGGAAGCAGGUGAGAGAUGCCCUGGCGGACCCAAGAUUUCUAAGAAGAGCUGUUUGAAACCUUCAGACGUGGUCAGGUGCCUGAGCACUGAACAGAGACUCUCAGAUCUCUACACUCCUGAGGAAAGCCAGCCCAGCAAGUGCCUGGGUAGCCCUUUUCCCGAAAGGGAGACUGAGCAGACAGAGCUGCAUAGAGGUGGUGAGCAGGCCGAGAGGAAAGCUCCUCAGAGUGGUGUGAGCCAGCCUUCUCAUCAUUCAUUGAGAGCAGGACCUGAUCUCACAGAAUCUGAAAAGAGCUAUGUGGAAGCGGUUUGCAAUGAGAUCAUAAACAUUGCCGAAAAAUCUGUUCAUUACUGCAGCACUGUCUCUCAUCCCCUUGACUUUCAUCACAAGGUGUCCCCUUCUGACAAUAAAUCAUCUUUAAUCAUUUCUCAGCAACCUCAAGCCCAGCAGCGAAGAGUCACCCCAGACAGGAGUCAGUCCUCACAAGAUUUAUUUAGCUACCAAGCAUUAUAUAGCUAUAUACCACAGAACGAUGACGAGUUGGAACUCCGAGAUGGAGAUAUCGUUGAUGUCAUGGAAAAAUGUGAUGAUGGAUGGUUUGUUGGUACUUCAAGAAGGACAAGGCAGUUUGGUACUUUUCCAGGCAACUAUGUAAAGCCUUUGUAUUUAUAAGAAGACUGAAAACUACAGAUAUUAUUUUUAUUGGCGGAUGAAGCAUAAUUCACGAACCGGUCUCUUUAUUUAAGUGUCAAGUCAAUAGGAUAAUUAAUGCAGUGGAUAAAGUAAGAAGCAAAAGAGAGGGACAGAGAAGUGGUGUUGUUUAAAGCCCAAGCCUGUCUAAGCUUACCGUAUGUCAGGCAGGGCUGAACCGUGCGUGUGUUGAGCAAAAAGGAAUGAGGCAAAUCUGUAUUUACUUAGCUGCUUCUGGGAGCCAGUCCAAGCUUCCCUCCCCUGCACCCCUUGGAUAUUCUGACCCAGAGCACAGUCCAGGAGCACAGUUAGGCCAGAAAUGCUUCUUGCUGGCCUUGACCAGCUUCUGGCUCAAAGGGGUCAAUUAGCCAGAAGCAACCCUUGGAGAGCCACACAGAUCCCCAGCCAUUCUCCAGAGGCUCCAAGCCUGAGAAGAUGCAGGCUCCCGCAGCCUCCAUCCCUGAGCCAGCUGUCUCCACCACACCUAGUGUGGGCAUCCGGGGCUGUCCCUAGGUGGUGGCAGAGGCCCCCAAACUGCCCUGGACUGAAUCUCUCACAGGAUCUGCUGAGAUAUAGGGGGUUGGGGGGGUUGAGGCAAAACUGGCUCCCAGUGCUUUCAGCCAGCCCUGCAGCAUUGCCACAGCUCCCACAGCGUUCAGACAGAAAGUACACAAGGUUUGCACAGAAUUAGGGAGCAGGUAGACAGGCAGGUAGAUUAGAUUUGUAUUUCUAGCUGAUUAAGAAGCCCUGUAGCUCUUGAGGUUGCUUGCAGUGUAUUCCUUUCUUAUUCACUGGCUUUUUAAAACGGUCACCGUUUGGGCAGUGCAGCCUCAUUUGACAGGACACCAUUACUAAACUUUCUUUUCUGACAUAUUUUUGGGCUCAGAGAGUUUAGGGUGGGUAAGUCUAUUCUCAUAGAAAACCAAGAAUGGUAAUCAGUGAUUCAUUUAACACACACUGAUACAUGCCAGAUACUGGGGACACAGGUGAUCAAGAUGUUCUCCACGUCUUAGAAGGGGCUCAUGGUGUCCCCAAUUUUACUCACCAUAGGAGUUCAAGGACAACCUGAAAUGUAGUCACCCAGGGCUAAGGCCCUGAGGUACCUGGUGAGGCUUCUCAGAGUGGAAAAGGCAGUGUGGUGGGCCCUGUCUUGAAGCUGUGAGGGUGUGUGGCCGCGUUUCAGCCACGACCAGUGGUGAUCAGGAGGCCUGGCCUUCAGGAGGGCUAGAUCUGAGGAGAGAGGCCCUUGGAGUGCCCUGGGAUGCUCGGUCACAGCUCUGUCCAAUUCCAGGAUGUGUAGGAACCUCUCCGUUAAAUAAACCAUUCCCUGCCCUCUGAAAUCUGAGAGGUGAAUGGGGAGACAGAUACAGGAAAAAAACUUAAAAACUAAAUCAAGAGAGACUGUGAUACGUGCUAAGAAGGGUGUGAGUAAGGAAGAGAUGACUUUUUCCUGGAGGGAGCCUAGAAAGCAUUGUCAUAUUUCUGUGUCUAUUUAUCUUCGAGCAACUAGCUGGAAGAACAUUCAUCUGGGGACAGUUUGUGUCUGAAGAUACCUGGCACUGUUUCCAGUGUCUCCAUACUCUCAUCCUCCCCACAAAUACACUGCCAACGUCACAAAUAGGAGUAGUAGCAAUUCUGGGUGGUCAGGGUGUACAGAACCCCCGACUCUGCACGUAACUCAGGACUGCCCAGGACCAUUGUCCCAAAAUCUGGAGUCUUCACGAGUCGGACAAGUUUGUCUUCAGUGCCUCUGCCUCAGCUUCUGUCCCCACCACCCAUCUGGCAGCCUACUUCCCACCCCCCACCAGACAGCCAUAGGACCCUUACUCGCUCCCUAUUCUCCUUUCAAAUCCUGCUCUCAGGAAAGAAACUGCCACCAACUCAUUCACACUAAAGUCUGAAUGACUAAUAAGAGGAAGGCGUCACCUCUUCCCAAAGACAUUUGUUUUUACUAGGCCAGAGCCUUUUAAUCCUAAGGGAAAAGGCCAUGGAACUAGUGAUAGGGGAAGGGGUGUGGGGAAUUCCUGGGCAGAAAGGGCCUCCUUGUUAUACCUUAGGACCCACUAACAGUAAGACCAUAAAAUCCAUUGAUUUGGAAGGUCCACUCUACCGUCCAAGACUACUGAGAUUUUUUGCCUCUCUCUGUGAAGGAAUAUAGUAACAAAUAAAAGUGCAUAUGCACGUGCAUUUUGCAUGGCAGCAUUUCACCCAUUUUGGAAUGUCAUUCUUGUAUUGGCUAAUGUGUUUCUUGAUCUUUCUUAGAUUCAAACCAUUAAUAACACACUCUUAUCAAAUAGUUUUUUGAGGGGUGCUUCUUGAUUAAGUAGGAAUUUUGAACACCUCUUUAAAUACAGCUAGAAGAUAAAACCAAUUUGUAAAGCCGUGUUUGCAUAUGACGCCAGCCUCAAGCAUUUGUCUGUCUCCAGAAGUAUGCCUCACCAAUAUGCCCAUCUUUAAUAAAAUCACUUGUUAAAAUUUGCAUCAAACUUCAGCUUCCUAUGUAUGAUCAAACAAGGAACAAAGGUUACCAAUCGCUCUUUUGUCUUCAGACAUUUAGUAAUGUAAAAUACCUAUUUUUAUGCUGAAAUGUUUAUACAGGUUUAUUAAUAGCAAGUGCAACUAACUGGCGGCAUGCCUUGCAACACAUUUUGAUAGAUUAGCCAUGCUCUGGGUAAAGGCAAGCCCCAAAUUACUUAACUUUUGCAGUCUCUUUGGGAUCAGUAAAAGAAAAAUUGUAUGCUUAAGAGGUGGGACUGUAUGUAUGUAUAUUUAACUUUGUAUAGCCCAUGUACCUACCUUGUAUAGAAAAAUAAUUUUAAAAAUUUCAACAGAAGGGGUAAAAUAAGGAAGUCAUGAUAUCUUUUGCAUUUUUAUUUAAAUGAAGGAAUUCCAAAUAACUCAUCUACAUAUUUUUAGCACCAAAAUAGCCAUUGUAAAGUGUUAAAAUUUUAAAUACUCAUACUUUCUGGGAGAGACAGUAACUGUAAUCUCAGUUAUGGUUUUGGUUUUUUGUGUGUGUUUUUGUUUUUUGUUGGUUUUGUUUUUGUUAUUGCGAUUCUAUUUAUCUGCAGUAGUAUUAAGUCCUAUGGCUAGAAUAGGUUACUACAAGAAAGAUUAUAUUUUGAAGGAAAAAUCACUGACAUUCUAUAUAACCAAUUAAUUUAAAGUAUUGCCAUUUAAAUUACACACCGAUAGCAUGUCCUACUCAGACACAGAUUUUUCUGUUCGUUUAUUUUUCUUUAUUGCAGUGGACUGAUUUGAUAAGUAGAUGUGUUGAAUUACUACUACAUUUGCUGUACAUAUUAUUUAAUAAACUUUAUGCAGAAUUGUGUGGCAUGUA